AUGUGCAAUAAACAUUCUUUAAGAAAGGAGCCAUUAAUCAGCUCUGAAAUCCCAGACUAUCCGUUUCAAAUUGCAGGGUGUGACUUGUUCUCACUUAAUGAGAAAAAUUUCAUGGUCAUGUCCGAUUACUAUUCUAGGUAUCCCAUAGUUCAUGAACUUUCGAACAUAAAAAGUUCAACUGUUAUUUCCCACAUGAAAGAUAUCAUGUCACAUUGGUGCAUAUGUGAGAAAAUAGUCACUGAUGGGGGUCCAUGUUUUUCUAGUCAAGAAUUUGAGGAGUUUUCAAGGUCAUGGGAUUUUGUACAUGUAAAAUGUAGUCCAUAUCAUAACCAAACAAAUGGUUUGGCUGAGGCGAUGGUUAAAGUUGCCAAACGUAUACUUAAAAAGGCAAAAGAUGAUAAUUCUGAUCCGAGAAUAGGAUUUUUAGAAUAUCGUUCUACUCCUCUCGCUGAUAUAGGAAAUUUCAGUCCAGCGCAGUUAGUCCAAUCACGACAACUUCGUUCUAUCCUUCCUACUUUAAGGGAAAACCUUAUACCACAAGUACCGCCCCCUGAUGUUGUCAAACAAAAAAUCGCAGAAUCCAAGGUCAAAUCUAAGCAUUACUAUGAUAAAAAUGCUAAACCUCUGUCUCCCUUAAAUGUUGGAGAUUCCGCUAGAAUUCAACGUCUAGACAAGUCCUGGAGUCCCGCUGUUGUUAUAAAAAAUCACAGCGAUAGGUCCUAUAUUGUUGAAACAGAAAACGGACAACAAUAUCGCAGAAAUCGUAAAGAUUUGUUGAAAUCUAAAGAAUCGCCUUUAUUGACCCAUGGUGCUUUGAAUUCUGGCCUUGAAAUGUCAGUUAAUGACAGAAUGAUUAACGUAGGGUCAGAGCGUACCGAUAGCAAUAAACAGCCUGUGGUUUUGAAUCCUCCGGAUAAUGCUAAUUAUUUCACUCGCGCAGGCAGAAAGGUGAAGCCACGUGCUGUAACAGACUUGUAA